GUUGCUGCCGUCCGUCCGGUGCCAUUUGGAUAGUACUUUAGCGGCACGAUGUACUCUGAAUGGCGGUCACUGCAUUUGGUGAUUCAGAAUGAUCAAGGUCAUACCAGUGUGCUACACAGCUAUCCAGAGAGUGUUGGGCGAGAGGUGGCGAAUGCAGUGGUCCGGCCUCUUGGGCAGGCGUUAGGCACCUCUUCAGUGGCUGGUAGUGAGAGUUUGUUAAAAACUGACAAAGAAGUAAAAUGGACCAUGGAAGUGAUUUGCUAUGGACUGACCCUUCCAUUGGAUGGAGAGACUGUAAAAUAUUGUGUUGAUGUAUAUACAGAUUGGAUUAUGGCUUUGGUGUUGCCGAAAGAUUCUAUUCCAUUACCAAUUAUUAAAGAGCCUAAUCUAUAUGUUCAAAGUAUAUUAAAACAUCUACAAAAUCUUUUUGUACCAAGACAGGAACAAGGCUCCAGUCAGAUCCGACUAUGCUUACAGGUUCUGAGAGCCAUUCAGAAAUUGGCCCGUGAGUCAUCCAUCAUGGCUCGAGAAACCUGGGAAGUCCUACUGUUGUUUCUUCUGCAAAUCAAUGACAUUCUUCUGGCUCCACCAACUGUUCAAGGUGGCAUUGCUGAGAAUCUAUCAGAGAAGCUGAUUGGUGUUCUCUUUGAAGUUUGGUUACUAGCUUGCACCCGGUGCUUCCCAACACCUCCUUAUUGGAAGACAGCUAAGGAGAUGGUGGCUAACUGGAGGCACCACCCUGCAGUGGUGGAACAGUGGAGCAAGGUUAUCUGUGCACUCACUUCCAGAUUGCUCCGCUUUACAUAUGGUCCUUCAUUUCCUCCAUUUAAAGUUCCUGAUGAAGAUGCCAAUCUGAUCCCUCCAGAAAUGGACAAUGAGUGUAUUGCACAAACAUGGUUUCGAUUUUUGCACAUGUUAAGUAAUCCUGUGGAUCUGAGUAACCCAGCCAUUAUAAGCUCAACCCCCAAGUUUCAGGAACAGUUCUUAAAUGUGAGUGGGAUGCCACAGGAGCUGAGCCAGUACCCCUGUCUUAAACAUCUGCCUCAGAUAUUCUUUCGUGCCAUGCGUGGAAUCAGCUGUCUGGUGGAUGCAUUCUUAGGUAUUUCUCGACCGAGAUCAGACAGUGCUCCCCCAACACCCGUGAACAGAUUAAGUAUGCCUCAGAGCACUGCUGUGAAUACCACACCACCACAUAACCGGAGGCACAGGGCUGUUACUGUGAAUAAGGCCACCAUGAAGACAAGUGCAGUUACUACUGUUCACACCUCGAAAGUCCAGCACCAGGCAUCCUCUACUUCUCCUCUGUCAAGUCCAAAUCAGACUAGUUCAGAGCCCAGGCCACUGCCUGCCCCUCGGAGACCAAAGGUUAACAGCAUCUUGAAUCUCUUUGGAUCAUGGUUAUUCGAUGCAGCAUUUGUUCACUGCAAACUCCAUAAUGGAAUAAACAGAGACAGCAGCAUGACUGCCAUUGCAACACAAGCUAGCAUGGAGUUUCGGCGAAAAGGGUCCCAAAUGUCCACAGACACCAUGGUUUCCAAUCCCGUGUUUGAUGCAAGUGAAUUUCCUGAUAACUAUGAAGCAGGAAGAGCUGAGGCUUGUGGGACAUUAUGUAGAAUUUUUUGUAGCAAGAAGACUGGAGAAGAGAUUCUGCCAGCUUAUUUAUCCAGAUUUUACAUGCUUUUAAUUCAAGGUUUGCAGAUAAAUGAUUAUGUGUGCCAUCCUGUCUUGGCCAGCGUUAUUCUAAACUCCCCUCCUUUGUUCUGCUGUGACUUGAAAGGGAUUGAUGUUGUGGUUCCUUACUUUAUUUCAGCUCUUGAAACCAUUUUGCCUGACAGAGAACUCUCAAAAUUCAAAAGCUAUGUAAAUCCAACAGAAUUGAGAAGAUCCUCCAUUAACAUCCUGCUUUCUUUGUUGCCCCUCCCUCAUCAUUUUGGCACAGUCAGAUCUGAGGUGGUCCUAGAAGGAAAGUUUAGUAAUGAUGACAGCUCUUCCUAUGAUAAACCAAUAACUUUUCUGUCCCUGAAGUUGAGACUUGUGAAUAUACUAAUAGGUGCCUUGCAAACGGAAACGGACCCUAACAACACCCAAAUGAUACUAGGAGCAAUGUUAAAUAUUGUUCAGGAUUCUGCACUUUUAGAAGCCAUUGGUUGCCAAAUGGAGAUGGGUGGUGGAGAAAACAACCUGAAGAGUCAUAGUCGCACUAAUAGUGGUAUUAGUUCAGCAAGUGGAGGAAGCACAGAACCUACAACGCCUGAUAGUGAAAGACCUGCUCAAGCUCUCCUAAGGGAUUAUGAUGUGGCAUUGGGUUAUAUCCUAGCUCUCAAUACAGAUUCAGCUGCUGGGCUCCUGAUUCGCAGCAUUCAUCUCGUCACCCAAAGACUCAACUCCCAGUGGCGGCAAGACAUGAGCAUAUCCCUGGCGGCUCUAGAGCUCCUCUCUGGCCUGGCAAAGGUGAAGGUGAUGGUUGACUUGGGAGACCGGAAGCGUGCCAUCAGUUCUGUGUGCAGUUAUAUUGUAUAUCAGUGCAGUCGGCCAGCUCCUCUUCACUCCCGGGAUCUGCACUCCAUGAUAGUGGCAGCAUUUCAGUGUCUCUGUGUCUGGCUGACGGAACACCCUGAUAUGCUGGAUGAGAAGGAUUGCCUUAAGGAAGUACUGGAGAUUGUAGAACUGGGUAUCUCAGGAAGCAAGUCCAAGAACAGUGAGCAAGAGGUCAAGUACAAAGGAGACAAGGAGCCAAACCCUGCGUCCAUGAGGGUAAAGGAUGCUGCAGAAGCCACUUUAACAUGUAUCAUGCAGUUGCUUGGCGCAUUUCCUUCACCCAGUGGUCCUGCCUCUCCUUGUAGUCUGGUGAAUGAGACCACUCUGAUCAAAUACUCCAGGCUGCCAACCAUAAACAAGCAUAGUUUCCGGUACUUUGUCUUGGAUAACAGUGUCAUCCUGGCAAUGCUGGAGCAACCUCUUGGAAAUGAGCAGAAUGAUUUUUUCCCCUCUGUCACUGUGUUGGUCCGGGGAAUGUCUGGAAGACUUGCCUGGGCUCAGCAACUUUGCCUUUUACCCAGAGGAGCAAAAGCAAAUCAGAAGCUUUUUGUGCCAGAACCUCGCCCAGUUCCUAAAAAUGAUGUUGGAUUUAAAUAUUCUGUGAAACAUCGACCAUUUCCUGAAGAGGUGGACAAGAUUCCUUUUGUAAAAGCAGAUUUAAGCAUUCCAGAUUUACAUGAAAUUGUCACUGAAGAAUUAGAAGACAGGCAUGAAAAACUAAGGAGUGGUAUGGCCCAGCAGAUUGCAUAUGAAAUACACCUGGAACAGCAGAGUGAGGGAGAAUUGCAGAAGAGAAGCUUCCCUGACCCUGUUACGGAUUGUAAGCCCCCACCUCCUGCCCAGGAAUUCCAAACAGCCCGCCUUUUCCUUUCUCACUUUGGAUUUUUAUCCUUAGAGGCAUUGAAGGAACCUGCAAAUAGUCGUCUACCUCCUCACCUCAUUGCACUCGAUUCUACCAUACCUGGGUUUUUUGAUGACAUUGGGUAUCUGGAUCUCUUGCCAUGUCGUCCUUUUGACACAGUUUUUAUUUUCUAUAUGAAACCAGGUCAGAAAACAAACCAAGAGAUUUUAAAGAAUGUGGAGUCUUCCAGAAAUGUUCAGCCACAUUUCCUAGAAUUUUUGCUUUCCCUUGGCUGGUCAGUAGAUGUGGGCAGACACCCUGGUUGGACGGGACACGUGUCCACCAGUUGGUCAAUUAAUAGUUGUGAUGAUGGUGAAGGGUCUGAACAAGAUGAAGUAAACUCCUCUGAAGAUGCUGGGGCUAGCAUUUUCAAUGGCCAGAAGAAGGUGCUGUAUUAUGCUGACGCCCUGACGGAAAUAGCUUUCGUGGUUCCUUCUCCCAUGGAGUCCUUAACUGAUUCUUUGGAAAGUAAUAUCUCAGACCAAGAUAGUGACUCAAAUAUGGAUCUCAUGCCUGGAAUUCUGAAGCAGCCACCCCUGACACUUGAGCUGGUUCCAAAUCACACAGACAGUCUUAAUUCCUCACAGAGGCUCAGUCCAAGUUCCAGAAUGAAGAAGCUGCCUCAGGGUCGCCAUGUGCCUCCCCUUGGACCUGAGACAAGAGUAUCUGUAGUCUGGGUGGAACGCUAUGAUGAUAUAGAAAACUUUCCCCUCUCAGAUCUGAUGACAGAGAUCAGCACUGGUGUGGAAACUACUGCAAAUAGUAGCACUUCUCUGAGAUCUACAACUCUUGAAAAAGAAGUCCCUGUAAUCUUCAUCCACCCUUUAAACACUGGAUUGUUCCGGAUAAAAAUCCAAGGAGCCACUGGAAAAUUUAACAUGGUCAUCCCCCUUGUUGAUGGGAUGAUAGUCAGCCGCCGAGCACUUGGCUUUCUGGUGCGGCAAACUGUAAUAAACAUUUGUAGAAGAAAGAGAUUGGAGAGUGAUUCCUACAGUCCACCACAUGUCCGUCGGAAACAGAAAAUCACUGACAUUGUCAACAAAUACCGGAAUAAGCAGUUGGAGCCAGAAUUUUAUACUGCCCUUUUUCAGGAGGUUGGACUCAAGAAUUGCAGUUCUUAGAGCACAGUUUGUCCAGGGCAGUGGACUGCAGAAUGGGCUCAGACAUCAAAGCAAGAUAGUCCUGAAAAAUAAAAUCGAAUCACUCCCAAGAGCUCACUGUUGAAUCACCAGAAGAAACACGAUGUGAAGCCACUGGUUCGAGGACCACCAGCUUUCUGAUGAAUGGACCUUGCACAGUCACACUCCUGCUGAAAAUGACAAGCAUUUUAGCCAUAAACUUUCUUUUAAAGUGACAAUUUUAGUAAAAUACAAGCCUUUUGAGGAUAAAGGCUUUAAUGCAUCAGUUAAAUACAUGCAUUGGUAGUGUCAACAGGCUUGCAAGUUAGGAGCUGAAGAUAGUUUAUACCUCGCUUUUUAGGAGGGUGUAUUCAGAGCUAAAAUCAGUCUCAGAAUCUUCCAGAACUUUUUAAGGCUCAAGUUGACACUGUGUAGAAGGAAUGAGGCUGCAGCUUUGUCCUCUCGUUUUGAUCCAUUUGUCACCUGUCACACUGACAGGGUAAACCAUAAAUGGGUUUUGCUCAGUUAAGUAUGACAUUAAAAUAUUUCCUAUUUUCUCUCCAUAUUUAAGCAAGUUGUCCCUCUCAUUGCCCUGGAGAUCUGUCACAUGGCCUCAGCUUCUUAGCAGGCAGAUGGAAAUGGAGGCACAGCUGUGUUCUCUAAUGGUGUACUAGUCAUGUUUGGGUUAAAAGCUGUGAGCAAGCAAUGGUGUCUCCUGUCUCCAUUACUGUUCAGUUUGAUGGCAUGAUGAUAGGUUAGGCACGGUUCCUCGAUUAAAUACCAAGAAAUGUGAGUUCACAACAGGGAUUGAAAAUGAUUUGGCUUCAUUUAUUUCAGGACCAAGCAGCAAGCUGCAGUAGUUGAUGGAGAGUUUUAUUCAUGGUUCAGGAAGCAAUGUCCCACUGCCACUCACUCAGCUCUUUUUUAGUGAGCAUCUGGUUCACAAUCCACGGACUCUGUCAUCUCCUUAGGUGGCUGCUGCUGUUAUGUUUCCUGGCCUUAGCCAGCUAAAGGCACAAGUCCCUAAUAGGACUCUGGAAUAUCUCUGCCCCAGACUGCUGCUUUUCUGCCAGGGACAAAGCAUAGGAGGUGGCCAGAACCAAACUGUUUUAAAAGGACUCCUGUUACAGUGCCCAGUGUAUACCUAUUUUUCUGUUUUCUCCUUCAGUAAGAUUAUUUGUCUUAGAAAACAAAUGACACUUAUAGUCCAAAGAGGAAUCAUCAGAGUUCAACAGGGGUGUUUCCACUGGCCCUCUGUUGUCACUAAGUCUUGUAGAUCAGGGUUCCACUGUUUGGUGUGAGAUUUGUUCUUUUCCUAGAAUAUUAGGGGCAGUGUUGUACCUGCUCCCCUGUGCAGGUGCCUCCAUUUGAGAAGUAUACGUUCUGCCAUCUCUGAGCAAGAACCAUGGGUAUAACAGCCCUUGGUCUGAAGUUUGCCACCACCCCCUUUUUUUCUCAGCUCAGGUACAGACACCCCCCCCCCUUUGUGUCUUCCUUGUCCUUUGUGUCCUCCUCUUCCUCCCCACUGUGAGUCUAGUUUUCAUUCAAGACAUAUAGUGUUCUGUCUUUUGACUUUUUCUUUUUAAAGUCAGGCAAUAAUCUAAUGUUUCCAGGUGAUACUAUGGGGUGAGGAAUGGUAAAAAUUAGUAGUGGGUUUUAUCCUAAAAGUAUUCUAGUAACUCAGCAAGAAGAGGUGAAAUUGAACAAUCUUUAAAAUGCUUUCAGAUUGACACUUCAUGGGGAAAAUUGGUUCUUGUUCUGAGGUGAACAAAGAAUCUAUACAUACACAUGCAACUUGUAACAUUCCAGAGGCUACAAAUAACUGAUAAAGAUGUACUUCCUUGCUGUGAUUCUUCUGAAAAACUUUUACUUUGGAUGUUGUUUAAAUGAUACCAGAAAGAUAACAUAUGGGGUGUAUGUGUUGGGUGGGCUUACUGGCCUUUCCCCUUCAGUUGGCUCUAAUUUCUAACUUUGUAAUUCUGAUGAUUUUGGUAAGAGAACAACCGUGGCAGAUGCAGUUUGAAAUCUAGGGUAUGUGGUGGUUCCCUAAGAAAGAAGGGCUACACACCCCUAGGCAGAGAAGUCCUAUUGUGCACAGCCAACAGACUUUGGAUGCACCCCCUAACUGGCCCCCUCUGCUCCACACACCAUCUACCACCAAAGGAGUGCAGUAAGAGCCUUGGGCCUCAGAGUGUGGUUUGGAAUCCUGCUCACUGAGUUCAUCCUCCUGCCUGCGCUAAGAUCACUUUGAAUAGAAUCUUGUCAGAGGAACAUACUUAGUACCUACAAUAAUCCUAGUAGUUCACUUGGUAAAUUUGCCAGCACAGGUUCAGAAACUUUGGGUAAACACUGGAACCAGUCUGGACUGUGGCUUAAACUGCUCAGUUGCUGUAUGUGGAUGCCCAGGCACUCUGUUUCCUAAGGGUAUUUAGACUGGCUGCCCCUCCUGUUCACUUCUGAAGCUGGAGGCGGGAGAGGGAGCUUGUUGCUUUUGCUGGAAGCACAGGAAACAGGCCUCCUAACCUCCUGGCCUUUGGCCUCUUGAAAAGAAUAAUUACAAUGGUCGGGCAGCCUUCCCCAGCCAUAUAGAUGUGUGUGCCAUGCACAUGUGUAUAUGAGCAUCUCCCACUUCCAGUUCCCCCAUUUUCAAGUAGCUCCACCUCUGGACUCACCUACAAAAAUACCUACACUUUGGCUGGCCCUGUCAGGGUCUGGCUCACAGGUAGUAGGACAGCCUGGAAAAACAGCUCCUCUGUCUGAGCUGGGGGAACAGCGGACUUCUACAGACUAAUUUCUACAGUGAUGAGUUUCCCAGGGUGUAUUCCUAUUGAAAGGUGGAACUUCUCCCACAGAGUCAGCCUUAAGCAGAGAUGAGUAGAUGGUGACAACUGUCUGGGAGGUCAUUUGACACUCUCAUGGCAGCAGUUGUCCCUUAGCAUUUAAAGCCUGUUCAAGAUGGACAGACCUGUGUUAACAGUGACCAUUGGCAUCCACUGGUCUGUUCCCAGCACUCCCUGACAUACCCUCUUCCUGAGGGAUCCACCUGGACAGUGGGGUCACUGCUCUUGCUGCUGGCAGAGCCAUGCACUGCAUAGGGUUUUCUCAGAAUAGCCACUCUUGUUCUUCAGACAAGUUUUUUAAUGAUGAGGAAAAUGUGUAAUUUGGGAUUCCACAGUGCCUUGCAUACAGUAGGCGCCCAAUACCUAUUUGUUGAAGCAAAUCAAGUUCUUUGUCCCCACAGUGUCCAAGGCAUCUUCUUCUGAAGGGCUUGGCAGUUGUGGCUAAAAACUAAGUAUCAUUAUUUGCUCGAAACCAUAUUUACAAUUUGUAUGAAUUUCGGUAUAUUGCCAAGAUGGGAUCUUUUUCCUAUUGUAUUUUCUGUAAAUAUUUCUGCCACUGAUCUGUAAAGUAAAGGAGAUGUAAAUAUGAAGGUGUGCUGUGUCCCUCGCUGCCUGUGUUGGGUCUGUGUCAGCCUGGGAAGAAGGUACAGAGCCGUUCUUAUUUAUGCCUGUCCUCCACCCACAAGAGACCCAAGGGGUAUUGAAUGUAAUAUAUGUGGUCAAUUAAAUUUUAAGGAGCUUCUUAUCUAA